AUGGCGCAACUUUUGGUCAAUGACAAGCCGUUGAACGGUCGCGUCACCAGCAUCGAGAUUGCUGAAAGUCUUCGCCAAAGCGACCGAGCUGGACAACGCAGCAAAGCCAUCCCAACGUUCGGCAAAUACUUACGGCGCGGCGACCGCUUUCAGCCAACAUGGGACGCCAUCGGUGGCGCAACAGGGUUGGCAAGUCUCAUGGUCGAGUUCAGCGUGCGCGACGUUCGUAACAUGUGCCACAGGCUCGGCCGCACAGCGACGGCCCAGAAGGCAAGAGACGCGAGACGCACAGCAAUGGGUGAGCUUGUGGCCAUAUUGUAUGGGACUGCCAACCCCGAUAAGAGACCUUUACAGCCGUUUUAUCAGUACAUCCUUCCUGCGUGCGACCACGCGGUCGUUCAGCAAUGGGAGUCGAAGGUUGCUUGGACAUUCCAUCAGCAGAAAAGCCUGCUCCUUGCCCAUCGAGAACCAUACGAAAGGCGGAUCCUCAAUGACAUCUUCUCGCCUGGCGCAGACUUGACAAUCGCUGACACCAAGAAACUCGUGGGUGGGGACAUGGCAUUUUCCAGAGUUAUUUUGGAGAAGCUCGGAACCGUGGAUGACAACGCCCGCAUUCCAUGCGACACUUUCACUGGACUGAUCAUGCCCGUACUCAAGCGCCAACUUCAUAGGAGGUAUGACGACGAGUCGCGUGACGAGUGGCUCGGUCUUGUCAUUCGCAUCAUUCAGAACCACCCGGCCGAGUUUAAAACAAAAUUGACGCUCGAAACGGGUGGUCUCAUACGCUACAUCAUCCAGCGAUGGGUCGACACCGGCAGAGACCGAAAGGUGCUGGAGAAGUACCUGGCACAAGUCCUGUCGUUGCGCGAGCCCAACGAGCGAAACAUGCUGAACACCAUUUACAUUUCACUGGAUGCUCCCAAGCGGCUCAACCCGAUCACCCGCUACCAGCUUCUACGUUUGUUUUUCCAGCACAUGCGGGAGUUCCGUCUUGACCUUGAGGAUCAAUCCCCUACAGGACUUGCAAAGCUGAAGGCAGUGUCAUCCACCCCCGGCACGUGGCCUAUUGACCUUCUGUUGUCCAUCGACAAGGCCAAGGCCUUUGAUCUUGUGGAAAAUCUCGAGAAGCUGUACCCUGGGAGGAACUUUCUCAUGUGCCCUUCGCGGCAUUCGAUCCUCCAACAAACUCGGGAGCUGGGUCAGACCGAGGGCGAUGUUGAAAUUCUCAAGACAUUACUUUCACGAGCUCUACCUGACAGAGACCCACAUUGGAUGUCUAGGGUUAAAGAAGUUGUUAAAGAACGCAGGAAGAAGGCGACAGAGUCACGCGGGCCAGAAGGUCGGGCCUUUUGGGCAAAAUCGACUUUCAACCUCUGUGUUGCUACGGGUAACCUCGAAUUAUUGUUGGAGACGACCAGCUGGGCCCGCCGCCGCUUCAACAAGGACUCCCUUGCCACAUUUGAGCUUUACAACAAAGGUCUUUUGAGCACAGAAGAAUUCGAAAACUUGAUGUGCGCCAUUCCGAAACACGAAAGUGAUGACACCGCACCGGUUGCCACUCUUGAUAUGGUAAAGAGGGACAUUGACCUUGCCGAUCAACUCCUGAUCAUGCUUACUCAAACGGCCAUCAUGGCCAUCUCGGAGCCUGGAUUUCAGCGCAGCAGAUGGACUCAACUUCUUCACCUUCCCAGGGUUGUCGCAGACGCACGCCUCGCCAUCUCGAAUGACUUUGAUGCGAUUUCGAAGUCAUCUGAUCCAGGCACCUUGACAGCUAUCGUCUGGAAGCCCACCAUGGUUACACUUCUCAAAGUGGAAGCCUUAUUACGAUCACCUGCCGCCCAGGCAUUACUUGGUCCAACAAAACAGAUUGAGGCGCCGGCGGUGGAAAUCUUGCGGAGACUUCCGUAUGCCACGGCAGCGGUCAAGGCAGAUCUGGUGGACCAUUUCAUUAAGGGAAUCAUCGCUCACUUAGGCCCUCAAGCUCUGAAGCCGCAGAUGAGUAGUAUUGUCAGCGUUGUCCUCCAGGUCGCGCACAGCGAUCAACCAUCUCUUGCCAGCCCUUUUAUACGCGACAUCAUCAAGAACGGAGACGACAGUUCGUGGCAUCGCCGCGUUCUCAACAUAGGGUUCCUUCAAUCGUUGCCAGCUACAGCCGCUCGUGAGUUUGUCGAAGGUAUGGCGGACGCCAUGCAUGAACUUAUGAAGAGUCAGAAUGCCCGGCCCUGGGUGGAAGAUCAGCCCCCCGCUAUCAAAGUGACAACUAUCAAGAUGAUGGCGCAGGUACUCGAGGGGAACCUGUUUCUUGAUCCUGCGUUGUCUUGCAGGAUCCUUGUCACUCUUCUCGCAGAGGCUCGCCAUAUUGACGCCCGUAUGACUAUCGUCAGCAGCCUUCUUACUACCGUCAUGAAUCCAAGGUGCCCCUCGUCUUUGCAGAGUCAAAUUAUCGAGGCGCUUGAAUUCCAUGUUGUACCCAUCGCCGCACAACUCAGUGAGCGCCGGCCGACCACCGAAGGCGAUUGGCAGUCGCAGACACUCCCUGAUUAA